UUUCUUUUCUUUUCUUUUCUUUUUUUUUACACCUUUUUUUUUAAUUCGUAAUACUGCCAUGACCCACAUUGCUCGGUCCAUUUCUCUGUGUGGACUGACUCGUGUCUCACAUAUCACGGCGUCCAGAUCGUUGCUCCACAGAUCAUACUCGCGUGCCAUUUCAUCUCAUGGUCGACUCUAUUCAACAUCGGCAGCAUCAAGUAGAACCUCUCAGCAAGGUGCUCCAAAGUUCUCUUCAGCUUCAGUCAAAGCAUUCACAGUCAUUGGAGCAAUAGCUGCUGCUACCUUUUGGAGUCAAAUGCCUAAUGUGAAACAAGUAGAAUGUGAAGCACCACAGAAGCAGGAAAAAAAGCCGAGCAAGACUGCUCAAGCGGACCAGAAACGCAAACUUGAAGGGCUAACCAAGGAUUCACCAAUGCGCUUGCGCAUGGAGGCAUUCAAUAAAAGACUUCAGGCUGAAAUUACCGCACGCAUUGAGCAAUUGGACGGGCAAGGAAAGUUCAGAGUAGAUCAAUGGAACCGUGUAGAAGGAGGUGAUGGUAUUUCAAUGGUGUUACAGGACGGCAAGGUCUUUGAGAAAGCAGGUGUCGGUGUAUCGGUCGUGUAUGGUAUGCUUCCACCUGCUGCUGUUGCACAGAUGCGAGCAGAACACCCCAAUAUCGAAGUCACCAAUAAGGCUAUGCCCUUCUUCGCCACAGGUAUCUCUUGUGUGAUGCAUCCGCACAAUCCUAAUGCGCCCACAGUUCACUUCAACUACCGCUACUUUGAGCUAGGUGGCGAAGAAGAUGGUGAACCCAUCUCUUGGUGGUUUGGAGGUGGAUGUGAUCUGACCCCCACAAUCCUCUUUGAGGAGGAUGCUGUGCAUUUUCAUCAAGUGAUUAAAGAGGCUUGCGACAAGCAUGACCCUCGAUAUUAUAAGGACUUUAAGAAGUGGUGUGACGACUAUUUUUACAUUGCUCAUCGUGGUGAGCGUCGUGGUAUUGGAGGCAUCUUUUUCGACGAUCUGGAUGACAAGUCGCCUGAUGAAUUGUUUGAGUUCGUACAGACUUGUGGAAAUGCUUUUUUGAACCAGUAUAUACCUAUCAUGGAGAGACGUAAGGACAUGCCCUUCACAGAACAACAAAAGUUGUGGCAGCAGAUUCGUCGCGGUCGAUAUGUUGAAUUCAAUCUGGUGUACGACCGUGGUACCAAAUUCGGCCUUUUGACUCCUGGAGCUAGAAUAGAGAGUAUCAUGAUGUCGAUGCCUUUGACAGCCCGAUGGGAGUACAUGCAUGAUAUCGAUCUCCAAGCACAUGGAAAACUCAUGGAGGUUUUGCGUGCACCUAAGGACUGGGUUCCGGUGUAA